AUUUUUGUGAUAAGUAUAGUACGUAUAAUGUGUGUGCCGUGUGCACUCAGAAAUAUAGACUACCUGCGAGCAGCCACCCUCCAGUUCAUUCGAUAUCGGUGCUAAUUGGGAAGAAGUGCUAAAAUUUAAAUUAUUUAUUCGAAAAAUUUCUUUUGGAAAUUAAAUAAAAAUGCCUUUUACACCAGUUGAAGUUCCAAAAUGCCCAAAGUGCGGCAAGUCUGUAUAUCGUGUCGCAGGAGGUUACAAAUACCACAAGACUUGUUUCAAAUGCGGAAUGUGCAACAAAGCCUUGGACUCCACGAACUGCACCGAGCACGAAAAAGAACUCUUCUGCAAAAACUGCCAUGCCCGUAAGUACGGUCCUAAAGGAUACGGUUUCGGAGGCGGUGCUGGUUGUUUAUCCAUGGACACCGGAGCGCAUUUGAACAGAGAUGACGAAAUUCGAAACGGUGCACGACUGGAGCCUCGAGUAAUUGCCAAAGCACCCGAAGGCCAAGGUUGUCCAAGAUGUGGUGGUUACGUUUAUGCAGCAGAGCAGAUGUUGGCACGUGGACGGCAAUGGCAUAAGGAAUGCUUCAAAUGCGCAACAUGCAGCAAAGGACUUGACUCGGUCAACUGUUGUGAGGCCCCAGACAAAAACAUCUACUGUAAAUCUUGCUACGGUAAAAAAUUCGGUCCAAAAGGAUAUGGAUAUGGUCAAGGAGGAGGUGCCCUUCAAAGUGAAUGCUACUCUAAUGGUGAUAUGGCACCAAAAACUGCCGCUAUCGAUGUUAGUAAAAUUCAAGCCAAACCAGGUGAGGGCUGUCCUCGCUGCGGUGGUGUUGUGUUUGCUGCUGAAAUGGUCUUAUCCAAGGGACGAGAGUGGCAUAGGAAGUGCUUUAAAUGCAGGGACUGUACAAAAACUCUGGAUUCAAUCAUUGCCUGUGAUGGCCCUGACAAGGAAGUGUAUUGCAAAACAUGCUACGGUAAAAAGUGGGGACCUCAUGGAUACGGAUUUGCUUGUGGAUCUGGAUUCUUACAAACUGAUGGUUUGACUGAGGAUCAGAUUUCUUCUCAGAGACCUUUUGCCAGUCCUGACACAACAUCAAUCAAGGCUCCUGAAGGUGAAGGUUGUCCUCGUUGUGGCGGCAUGGUAUUUGCUGCAGAACAACAACUGUCCAAGGGAAAAAUGUGGCAUCAAAAAUGCUUUAACUGUGCCGAAUGUCAUAGACCAUUAGAUUCAAUGCUAGCAUGUGACGGGCCCGAUAAAGAAAUUCAUUGCAGAGCAUGCUAUGGAAAGCUCUUCGGACCCAAAGGAUUUGGUUAUGGCCACACCCCAACUCUUGUUUCCACUGGUGGAGAAUCAACUGUUAACUACCCUGAAGGCGGACUUUUACACGGUGCAAAAUCAUCCGGAGGAUGUCCUCGUUGUGGAUUCGAUGUGUUUGCUGCGGAAAGAAUGAUCAGCAAAAGCCGAGUAUGGCACAAGCGUUGCUUCCACUGCGCUUUUUGCCGAAAGUCACUCGACUCAACGAAUCUCAACGAUGGCCCCGAUGGAGAUAUUUACUGCCGCAGUUGCUAUGGUCGCAACUUUGGACCAAAGGGGGUUGGGUAUGGUCUAGGAGCUGGAACUUUAACAAUGGCGUAAUUUGCUAAUUUUAUUUUUAUUUAUACUUACAUAUACAUUUUUUGUAAUAUCUACUUUUAUUUAAACAAAGAGUAUAAAAUGUUGAAUUUUAUAAAGCGAUCGAAGAAUUACCGUGAUGAAAUCGAUUAUGAUUAAGUAUACUUUAAGUCUUUAAUUUAUUUAUUUAAGCUCAUCAGGAUAUAAUAGUAAUAAAAAUCAAAACUGACUGUUACAAGGUUUGACAUUUCAAGCGUACCUACCGAAAGACAUUGAAUAUGUUAUUGUUUAGUGCAUAAGAAAUAAAAAAACGAAAUAACUUAGUAUUGCUUUAUUUUUCUACUUGAGAUGUAAAUAAGCUGUAAGGUUCAGCCAUAAAUAUAAAGAAAUCUUAUUGGUACAUAUGUAAAUCACUUCUAGUAUCAUUGAAGUAAAUUAAAUUAAAAAAAAAAAACACUAAGCACUUAAAUUUAGAUUAAGAUAAAUACUUUCCAAAAACAUCAUCCUUCACAAUCAACAUUUUUCCAAAUAAGAAAGAGCAUAAGUUUUAAUAUCUUGUAAAAUUAUAAAACUGAUUAAUUAUGUAGUAAUAAUAAUUCUUAAAUAUAUGUACAUACAUUCAAAUUUAUUAUUAAAUAACAGACGAUGGUACGCUUUUCCUUAAUGUUGAUUAUUUAUAAAACGAACUUACCAUUGUUUGUGUGUCUUACAAACAGGUUUAUUAUUAAGAAAAGAAGAGUAAUAAGUUAACCCUUAAUCAAUAAAAGAAUAUAAAGAUUAAA